AUGGAGCUUAGAAAUCAAACUCUUAUUACUCAUUUCAUCCUCACCAGGUUGUCUCAGAACUUGCAGACUUGUGUUUUACUUUUUGUGUUAUUUUUGGUCAUUUAUAUAUUGACCAUCCUGGGAAACAACUUCCUGAUCUUCACCGUUAUCGUCAGUCCUAAAUUACACACUCCUAUGUAUUAUUUCCUCUGUAAUUUGUCUUUUCUGGAUUUGUGCUGUUCAUCUGUCGCUACACCAAAAUUUCUGUUUGAUACGUUUUUAAAGAUUAGAAGGAUCUCGAUCAUUGGUUGUCUCAUACAAAUGAACAUUAUGCUAUUUCUAGGAGGAACGGAAUGCAUCCUGCUGGCGGUAAUGGCCUAUGACCGGUAUAUCGCUAUAUGCUUCCCUUUACAUUACACCACCAUUAUGAGCUGGAGGGUAUGUGGAUACAUCACUGUUAUUAUGUGGUCCGGGACUUUCAUUGUAUCAGUUGUUCCCACUAUGGUAAAACCUCUUAUGUUCUGUAAAGAAAACACAUUGGACCAUUUUGCCUGUGAGGUCUUGGCCCUUCUGGAGGUGGCCUGUGGUGACCUCUCCUUUUAUAAGAUAACUAUAGUUUCUAUAGGGGUUUUCACAUUAUUCUCACCAUUUGUUUUUAUUGUGGGGUCUUAUUCUUGUAUUAUUAUUUCUAUAUUAAGAAUCUGUUCAGCACAUGGAAGAUCCAAGGCUUUCUCCACCUGUGCUUCCCACCUCACUGUGGUGUUGAUAUAUUAUCUCACAUUUUUGACCAUGUACAUGGGACGGACAAAAAGUUUUUCAUCGCAGAUAAAAUAUAUUUCUAUAAUUUAUACCCUUUUAACUCCAAUAUUAAAUCCUGUGAUCUACAGCCUGAGGAACAACGAAGUGAAUGAAGCUUUUAAGAAAAUCUGGAUAUCAAUGUCUAAAACACAUCAAUUGUCAUAGUUCAAACAAAAUACAGAGCCUGCCUCGCUGCUUAGUGGAUAGUUUCCAUUGUACUCUAGCGUAGGCCACCUGGCGAACGAUGCAGACAGGAGUCCUUGCUUUGUAACAGUAAGUAGUGAUGAUGCAUUUCUGAUUACUGUCUGGCCGAUGGAGGUGA